GGGGCCCCGCCUCCGAAGAGCGAAGACCCGCCCCCAAACCAAGCGGGCGGAGGGGCCCACCCCGGGAGGCUUGGCUGUCGGGGUGCGGUCGUGGAAAGCGAACUCUGGUUCCGCUGUCGUGCAGGCAGUCGCACGCGCUGUCGCACUCUCCUUUGCCUCUACUUCUCUCUGCCGACGGGCCUGCGGAGCGGGGGUCUCUGGCCGCGUGCGUGGAGGCAGAGCGCGAUGAGGCGUGCGGUGCUUCGGCUUUGCACCUUGAGCAAGGGCCUGCUUACUCCUGGCAGAGGACUCACUCAAGGGUCCCAGAAUCCUGAAAAUCAGAGAGUCUUCCACAUUCAUGAAGCAUGUUCACCUAUACACGUGAAUCAUGUUCGAGAUAAGUUGCGGGAGAUAGUAGGAGCAUCCACAAACUGGAGAGACCACAUGAAAGCAAUGGAGGAAAGAAAAUUACUCCAGAGUUUUUUGGCUAAGUCACAGGAAGAACUGCCGCCUCGGAGAAUGAAAGACAGUUAUGUUGAAGUUCUCUUGCCUUUGGGCAGUCAGCCUGAAUUACGAGAGAAAUAUCUGACUGUUCAAAAUGCCAUAAGAUUUGGCAGGAUUCUUGAGGAUCUUGACAGCUUAGGAGUUCUUAUUUGCUACAUGCACACCAAAAUGCAUUCGACUAAGAUGUCUCCUUUAUCAAUAGUUACAGCUCUGGUGGACAAGAUUGAUAUGCAUAAGAAGUGCCUAAGCCCAGAACAGGACAUCAAGUUCAGUGGCCACGUUAGCUGGGUUGGGAAGACAUCUAUGGAAGUGAAGAUGCAAAUGUUCCAGACACACAGCUUACCAGCUCCAGAGAAACGAUUGGAAGUUCGGGUCACAAAAUUGGUGGGUUAUGAACAUCCUCCUCCUAGACAAAGAUUGACAUGUUACUUGUUACAUGGCAAUGAAUUUUGUCCUGUUUUGGAAGCAACAUUUGUAAUGGUGGCUCGUGAUUCUGAAAAUAAACGGUCGGCAUUUGUAAAUCCACUCAUCGCUGAAGGCCCCAAGGAAGAAGAGCUCUUUAGACAAGGAGAAUUGAAUAAGGGGAGAAGGGUGGCCUUUAGCUCCGCGUCAUUACUGAAAAUGGCUCCCAGUGCUGAAGAGAGGAUGACCAUACACGAGAUGUUUCUUAACACGCUGGAUCCAAAGACUAUAAGUUUUCGAAGUCGAGUCUUGCCCCGUAAUGCAGUGUGGAUGGAGAAUUCAAAACUGAAGAGCUUGGAAAUUUGCCACCCUCAGGAGAGGAACAUUUUCAAUCGGAUCUUUGGUGGUUUCCUUAUGAGGAAAGCAUAUGAACUUGGAUGGGCUACUGCUUGUAACUUUGGUGGUUCCCGACCAUUUGUAGUAGCAGUGGAUGAUAUCAUGUUUCAGAAACCUGUUGAGGUCGGAUCCUUGCUGUUCCUUUCUUCCCAGGUUUGCUAUACUCAAGGCAAUUACAUUCAAGUCAGAGUCCACAGUGAAGUGGCCAACCUGCAAAAUAAAGAGCAUACAACCACCAAUGUCUUUCAUUUCACGUUCAUGUCGGAGAAAGAAGUGCCCCUGGUUUUCCCCAGAACAUACGGAGAGUCCAUGUUGUAUUUAGAUGGGCAGCGGCAUUUUAACUCCAUGAGUGCACCGGUGACCUUGAGAAAUGACUACCUUGUGGAGCCGUAGGGAAACCCACGCUUGGUGAAGACCACCCUUUCUCAGUGACAUAGAGCCUAAUGAAGGCCUCAUCACGUGUAUUGGUUUUAGUGUUUAUGCUCAUCCUCCACAGAGAAAAGAAUGUAUUCCACUUUUUAGGGUGAUUACAAAUGCAGAGUGAGAGAGUGGCGGGGUGGGGCACAGAGAGAGAAUUAUUAAAUAAUAAACACUUUCGAAACAAUUUAAA